UAUUUCCCCCUUUUGUUUAGCGGGUAAGGCCCCUCUGGAACUUGGAGGGGGGCCAUGUUGUUAGUGAGUGUGUAGUUACCCAGCAGCAAUGGUGUUUUGUUAAUGCAGCUCACCAGACGGCAUUUGUAUGGUUCGCUCGGUUAACAACGUUUGCUUACAACUGUUCAACGGCGUGUGAACAACGGAGAGCUAUGCUUUUAUUGUAUGCACUUAUUUAACUACAAUAGCUAGCUAGUCAUUUAUUUUUAUUUUUUAUUAUCAAACUGAAAAGGUAAGAGGCCUUCCUUAAUCUGCCUAGCUAGCUAUGGUAGCAUCAACAAAUGUAGCUUUCUGGCUAGCUAGCUAGUUAAUUUAACAAACAAAUUCAACAUUGACGCUGGAUUUGCAAGUGAACUGUUAACGUUAGCUAGCUAGUUACCUGGCUAACUUGGCUUCUGUCAGUAUAGCUAACUAACGUCAGGUAGCUAACCGCUAAUGUUAGCUAGCUAACGUAGUUCACGAACGGUUGUUUUUCCAGUGAACUAGCCCGUUGUCCUGAACAGAGAAAUCGCUAACUAUCUUUAUGCUAAAUUGCCAGCAAACGUUAGUUGGCAAAUGUUAUACAUUUCGCAUGAUAAAAAAAACUUGUUUGAAUGACGUUAGCUAACUAGCUAGCCAAACUAAUCCGACGAACUACAGUAACUAGCUAGCCACAUGCUGCCUGUAAUAUUUAUUUGACGAAACACACACCCGACACCGAAGAGUUUAGCACUCCUUGGGCAGACAUUCAUUGUUCGAUUGGCGACGCUAACAAGUUAGUUAGCAAGCUAGCUAGGCUAGAUGGCUAGCUAGUUAACGUUAUCCAUCUACCUAAAAUUGUUUUGAUUGUUAUUAUCAAGAUAUUUGUUUCCACUGUCUAUAGCUAAUUAGUUACAUUUUGCCAUGUUAGCGAUUGAUGUUAGCUAAGUUAUUUGGCUAAGAAGGCCAAAUCGCAUAUUACACGGACUUUCGGACACUGAAUAUUUAUUAGCUAAUGUUAGCUAGCUAGCAACGAGUUCAAGUUUAUUAAUGUGUAACAAUGUAAUAGCUAGCUACAUAAAUUAACUAGCAAGCUAGGUAGCCAAGUCAAAGAAAGGGCAGGUAACGUCCCAAGAGAAGAUUAUGUUGUUAACUAGCGUGUUUAUAUUGACACUAGUUGUUAGUGCUUUAUGCUGAAAUUCUACAGACCUUUCAGUGUGUCAACUUACAAAUGUUAUUGUAACUUAUGAAACAAAGCAAAUAAACUCUGCCUUUGUUAGGGACCAAAAAAGACAAUAGAUAUAUAUUAUAUGUUUGGUUCAUUCAAUAAGCUUUUAUUGGGGAUCCCUAAUAAAUACAAAUACAUUUUAUAUCAGAAACCUCAGGCUAAUGUCUAUACAUGUUUGAUAAGUGCUAUCUGUAUCCAAUGUAAAGCAACUCUACUUUGACAUGUUCUGUUAUCUCCCCCUCCAAAGGUUUCCCCGUGGAAUGAGCGUUCCAUGCAGCAUCCUAGGUAUGAAUGACGUGGCCUGGCAGGAGACAAGAGGCGGGAUGCUGCACACAAACGGUGCCCCUGAAGCCGGGGGCGUCAGAGUUCACGGAGGGGGAUCCCUGGCCGCCAUGGGGGGAGCAGGUCAGGGCCCUGGAGGGCCACACCGUCUGCAGGGCCCCAACCCCAUCCCAGGCACCCCACAGCCUCCACUAAGUGGGCGCUCUCAGGAUGAUGCCACAGUGGGCUACUUCUUCCAGAGGCAGCCUGGGGAGCAGCUUGGAGGUUACACCCCCAGCAAGCACCGUUGGCCCACUGGAGAUGGCAACCACAUUGACCAGGUACAAUGAUUUUGCCAGAGCCAAACUGCUUGGCUACAAGCUUCCUGUUUGAGAAUGGUAAAAUAUUUGAAAGAAGCAGAUCUUAUACUUUCUAGAAACCACUUUACCACAACAGAGACCCUUGCUGUUUCAGCGUAGAGCAUGACAUAAAUUGCACCAGCCAAAGAUUUCCCACUCUUUAGAAAGCUACACUUACUUCUGUUUCAUAGAAAUCACAUUCAACAAAUAUUAAAUGUAGAAAGCAUUAGCCUGUCAAAUAUCCUAGUGGGUCAUUCUAAUGGAUAGUUUAAACACCCAGCCUGUUUACACACACACUUCCCAAGUCAAUUGUUGUCGGGGGGGGGGGGGUCUCUGCCAGUGAUCUCUAUCUAAGGAUAGAAUUCAGAUUUUUAACUCUCAUCCUCUGCUUCAACAACCCCUACAGUGUAUACAGUAGUAUGUGAUUUGUAUUACUUUUUAGUAAACAUGGUAAUUUAUUUAGACUCAUAAUGUCCUUGUUGUUGUUGAGGACAACCUCGCAAGUGUGGCAGGAGUUGGCAUCCAUUUGCCUUCUUCCAAUUUCACUAUGAUGUCCAGAACUAGCUUACAUGACUGAGCAUACCAUUUUUGCCGGGUCGAAUUGUGUAUAUGCUGGAACUGACUGAAGCCACACAAAAAUACAUAUUUUUUCUCAGGUUCGAACUGUGGAUGAGAUGAACUAUGGUUUUCAAGCCCUUGCUUUGGAGUCCAGGGGCAUGGGUGAGGUAGGUUGAGAUCCACCACAACAUCUAAAGUUUCUCUCUUUAAACCUAGGAUAGAUUCUGUCCUACAUCUUCCAUUGAAGUCUCCCACAGUGACCCAGAAUGUCGAUAAUGUUCAAGUAGCCAUUUUGCCUUCUCUUUACAGCUCCUGCCAGCAAAGAAACUGUGGGAUUCGGAUGACUUGUCCAAGGAUGGAAGGAAAGGGAUGCUUCUUGGAGAGGAGUGGAGGGAGAAUGCCUGGGGAUCUUCUCGUGAGUGGUUUUCUGUGCCUCUGCUGGUCUGUCUGUAUGUUUUACCCUCAGGGUUUUUUGAGAACCUAUUUUUAUUUUUAUCAACCCCUUUGCUCCCCCAUAUGCAUGCAUUCUUAAAGAGGCACUAUGCAGAAAUCGCUCCUCCAUUUCCUGGUUGCUAAAAUUCUAAUAGUUAGCAUAAUUUCAGUUUAUGUGACAAAACAAGCAAAUAUAGUGUAGAGCAGGGUUCCCCAACUGGCAGCGGGUGGUUUUAUUUGGCCCCCCAAGUUUUCUGAGCAAAAAAUAAAUACUUCUCUCUGUAUAGAUUUUUUUUGUUGAUGUGUGUGGAAUUUUAAUUGUUGGACAUAAAAUACUGAUUUUUACGUCAAGAAAUCUGUUCCCAAGCCUUCCAACACAUAAUGUAGAGAUACGACAUGAUCAUAUACAAAUGUAAGCAAGGAUUGAAAUGAUUGUUUUAGUCAAACAUUAUAUCUGUUUGGGCUUCUUGCGGUCUACAAAUCAUUUGUAAUUAUGUUCCGGCCCCCCGACCAUCAGCUCAAGAAAAUGUUUUACCAUCUAAACUGCUGUAAAAUAUAUUUUCCAUAACCAAAAAUAUUGUAUUUUCAGCUGUUUGAAGCUGGUGUACAAAACGGAAUAGUGAAAAAGACGCAAAAGCGAAACUUAAGAACGGGAAGCAUAGAAAUCGCACACAUUGACCAGAUCUACCGCUUCUUAGACCUGCUUUCAAUGAGAAUGACAGAUCUAUAACACACAUCUAUGUGAAUUUGGUCGGGUCGCCCAAAAAGUGACAUUGCAGCUUUAACUUCUUGGAUGUAAAGUCCCCUAUUCAGGGGACCUUUAGAAAGUAUGCACAUUUUCUCUAACACUAAACAUACACAUGUAUUUUUUCAGUUAUAAGGAAGGUGAAAUCUUAUAGUUGGUUAUUUAAAAAUUUGAUUAUACUACACUGAACAAAAAAUAUACAUGCAACAUUCAACAAUUUUACUGUUACAGUUCAUAUAAGGAAAUCAGUCAAUUGAAAUUAAUUCAUUAGGCCCUAAUCUAUGGAUUUCACAUGACUGGGAAUACAGAUCUGCAUCUGUUGGUCAUAGAUACCUUUAAAAAAGGUAGGGGCAUGGAUCAGAAAACCUGUCAGUAUCUGGUGUGACCACCAUUUGCUCAUGCAGUGUGACACAUCUCCUUUGCAUAGAGUUGAUCAGGCUGUUGAUUGUGGAUUGUUGCCCCACUCUUCUUCAAUGGCUGUGCAACGUUUCUGGAUAUUGGCGGCAACACGUAGAUCUAGAGCAUCCCAAACAUGCUCAAACCGCUCGCCCACACAACGCCAUAUACCCUGUCUGCCAUCUGCCCGGUACAGUUGAAACCGGGAUUCAUCCGUGAAGAGCACACUUCCAGUGGCCAUCAAAGGUGAGCGUUUGCCCACUGAAGUCGGUUACGACACCGAUCUGCAGUCAGGUCAAGACCCUGGUGAGGACGACGAGCACGAUGAGGUUCCCUAUUAUUCUUCGGUUGUGCAAACCCACAGUUUCAUCAGCUGUCCGGGUGGCUGGUCUCAGACGAUCCCGCAGGUGAAGAAGCCGGAUGUGGAGGUCCUGGGCUGGCGUGGUCACAUGUUUUCUGCGGUUGUGAGGCCGGUUGGACAUACUGCCGAAUUCUCUAAAAUGACGUUGGAGACAGCUUAUGGUAAAGAAAUGAACAUUCAAUUCUCUGGCAACAGCUCUGGUGGACAUUCCUGCAGUCAGCAUGCCAAUUGCACGCUCCCUCAAAACUUGAGACAUCUGUGGUAGUGUUGUGUGACAAAACUGCACAUUUUAGAGUGGCCUUUUAUUGUCCCCAGCACAAGGUGCACCUGUAUAAUGAUCAUGCUGUUUAAUCAGCCUCUUGUUAUGCCACACCUGUCAGAUGGAUGGAUUGUCUUGGCAAAGGAGAAAUGCUCACUAACAGGGACGUAAACAAAUAUGUGCACAAUUUGAGAGCAAUACGCUUUUUGUCGUGAAACUCGGGAUCAACAGUUUACAUGUUGCAUUUAUAUUUUUGUUCAGUAUAUAUUUAGAAAGCAUACAAGUCAUUUCAAACUUUAUUCAUACAGUUGUUGAAUAGGAAGUACAUCAUAUGAAAUAUUUCUAUCAUAUUUUUACUGUAUACUUGAGCUUGUGUCCUCAAUAGUGACUACACCUCAGCAAUGUAUAACUAUAUUUUACCAGAAAGGUGAGAAUUUUUUCUUCAAACAUUUUCUUUGAGUAUGCAGCAUUAAUAGUUAUUGUUUAUGGCCCUCUCAUGAGAAAUAAUUACUUUUGGGGAUUACAUUUAGUUACUUAAGUGUAACUUGUUUUAUAAAAUUCCAUUUACUCAGAAUUAGUGGUGCUUUUAACAAAAUGGCCAAUUCAACCCAAAAUCAAAGUUUAUUUCUAUGCAUAAAUAAAUAGCCUUACAGUUUAGUGCGUGGAGUUAAAAUACUGCAGUUAAUACAUAGUUGAACUGGUACCAUGAAGACCAUGCAAAUGUUAUUUUUUUGUAUCUACUGAAACUCCUUUUCUCCUUUGAGAAAUGUCUCUGCAUUGACCGAGCACAAUCUCCAUAUUAUGAGUGUCUCACCUUCCUGGCUGUCUAUUCUUUGCGCCGCCCCUAUUCCUCUGAUGAGCAGAUCACUCGGUGUCCCAACCAAUCAUGGUGCAGCGACGACCCGGACAGGGUUUCCAUGGGAACGGCGAUGCCAACUCCGUGCUGUCCCCUCGCUCCGAGGGCGGAGGCCUUGGCGUGAGCAUGGUGGAAUACGUCCUGAGCUCCUCUCCCGGUGACAAGAUGGAUGGCCGUUACAGGAAUGGUGGCUACGUAAGUCUUUCUGCCAAGGUCUCUUUCGCUCUCUGCCCUUUUUUUGCCGAUCCACUCAGAACAAACAGAAGAUCUACAUCAGCUUCAAUAGUGAUACAAAAAUUGUCAGGUCUAGAGUUAUUCCAGAAAUGCAACCUCAAAUGAAGCUUCAAAUUGUCUUAUUGCUUAGGGUUAGGCUCUGGCCUUGUGUUCUCCAAUGGAGCGUUGUGUCUGUUUGGAGAAACGAGCCUUCUCAAUGUUUAUUUAUUUUUGCUUUUGUAGGGCGGAGGGGACGCUGACCCGGACGGGAGGGAGAAGGGCGACGCGCAAGACAAGACGUCCCCGUUUGAAGGGGACAAGAGCCCAGAAAUGAAAGUGGGAGAGGAGAGUGACGUGGCCAAGGCCAACGGGAGAGGCCUGCUCAAUGGCAUGGACAGAGACUGCAAAGACUUCAAGUAUGGGCCCUUUUUAGUGAUUAUUGGGGGGUGAAUGGGGUCGUUAAAUAAUAAUUGAGAUGUAUUUACCAAUCCGUCACCACACAUAGAGCCCUCUCUGGAAAAUGAAAGUUAUUUGAAUUAUGCAGAUAAGAUGUUAGUCACUUCCAAGCUGUAUUAGACCUAGGGACUAAUACGUUCUAAUACUUUUGUUUCAAAGUGCAACUGAUUAAGGCAGUCAAUGUCAUUGUGAGACUUUGCUGGGAGACAGUUGUGAACAAAGCCUCAAAGUCCAUAUCGUCAUAUGUACCCCCCCCCCCCUUCUCCAGCCCCACCCCAGGAAGUCGCCAGGCCUCCCCCACCGAAGCGGUGGAGAGGAUGGGCCCCAGCCAGGCCGGGCUGGAGAUGAUGGCCCAGCACCAGCAGCAGCAGCAUCAGCAGCACCAGCACCACCUCCAGCACCACACCAUGCAGCCCCAGAGCAAGACCCAGCAGCAGGAGGACUUCCAGAGCCAGGAGGCCCAGAACAUGGGCAACAUGGAGCAGCAGCAGGGUGUGGAGUCCCUCCAGUUCGACUACGCCGGCAACCAGAUCCAGGUGGACUCCUCCGGCACCCCUGUUGGCCUGUUUGACUACAACUCCCAGCAGCAGGUGGGUUGAACCAGGAAGUUGUAACUAGGGACUACAUUUCUCUUCGGUGCAUAGAUUGAUGUAACUUUUCUUUGGUGAAUCUUGUAGAUCUGAAGGAACAAUGUAUUUUUGGGGUGGGGUCUGUGUCGCCUAUCGAAAUCAUUGGCUGAGCCGCUGGACUGAGCACAGGAAGUUAAAUGUGUUGAACUUAUUAGAAAAGUAGUUAUGUUACAGUAGUUUCUCAUCAUUCAUGAAAAUAAUGCAUCAGUGAUUCUUAUUUCCUGCAACUUUCUGAACAAGUAACUGUUUCUGUGCACCUGUGUGUUGUGUAUCCAGUUAGCAUGACUUUAAUGUUUUCUCUGCAUAAUCUAAUGGCUUUCCCAAAAAACCUUCCCAAUGAAAUGUUGACUGCAAAGUAGGUCUAUCUGGCAGAAUGAUAUCAUGAGGAUUUGUAUCAAUCAGAUUAGCAUUUGAAUUGCAAACACGGCUACAAGAACCUCUGCAGAAACACUGCUAGCCAAACACAAAUGUCUCUUCCUGGUGCGCAAUUUAAUUAAAGGGCAACUUGAAAAAUAACCUGGGAAAAAAACUGGGAAAAUCCAAAACCUGGAAACUAAACGGAGAAAACUGAAUUUGGCAAUAAAAUCUUAAUCUUUCCUGGUUGCUAAAAUUCUAAUUGUUUUCCUAAUUUUAGUUUAUGUGACAAAACAAACAGUCUAUAGUGUAGAGAAUCAUUGUACCAUGUAAACCUCUGUGAAAUAUAUUUUCAAAAACCAAAAAUAUUGCAUUUUCAGCUGUUUGGAGCUGGUGUACAAAACCGAAAGUAAAAGACACAAACUUAAGAACGGGAAGCAUAGAAAUAGCGCACAUAGAACAGAUCUACCGCUUCUUAGACUUGCUUUCAAUGAGAAUGACAGAUCUAUAACUCACUUUUCUAGGUGUCAAGCCGCCCAAAAAGUGACAUGCUGUAACUUUAAACCCAGACCAAAGAACCCAACUCACCCCUAUCCCAGGACAAUAUUUUCUGUUUAUUGUGGUUUGGAAAGUUAGGAAUAUUGAGAUUAAUCAAAUAUGUAUUAUGUACUUGUUGUUCUCUGAAAAUAGGCACACUUUCGUAUGUUUCCGUGCAAAUUGUUUGUCACCUUUUUGGGCCCUUACCAGUUUGCAUCCCUGUCCCUGAGAGUAGUGGAAACUUGGGUAUUAAAGUGUCUAACUGGUUCUGUUUUGUUGUCCAGUUGUUCCAGAGGUCCAACCAUCUGACUGUCCAGCAGCUCACUGCAGCCCAGCAGCAACAGUAUGCUCUGGCUGCUGCCCAGCAACAACACCUUGGUAAGUUGGAGCUCAAUUUGGUUCACCAAAUUUGUACAAGUGUAUAACAGGAAAAAUAUAAGCACCCCCUAAAUUAUAAUAUUAUGAAUAUAAUUGUAGUUUUUAUUACUAUAUACAGUGUAAUGUACCGUGGAUUUAUUCAUAAAUCUACAUGGCUCCAAACUGCACACGUACAUAUAAAGAGCAUAUUUGUGCCAGAUUGGGUAGUCGUUGGUGUAGUAUUAAGGUUGAAUAUUUUGUACGUGAAAAUGUACCGAAUGCCGUACUAGUUGGAUUUCAUUGUGGUUUUGACGGCAAUUUGAUAUUGGAUGAUGUGUUUAUUCAAUAUGGAACGCACUGCUAACUGGAUGUUUUCUUCAGCCGGCCUUGCUCCCGCGUUUGUGCCAAACCCAUACAUCAUCAACACUGGACCCCCCGGAGCUGACCCCUACACCGCUGCAGGACUGGCCGCAGCGGCUACACUUGCCGGUUAGCACUCUCCACACACACAAACUGUAUUCAUACAUAGCACCUCUUUCACUCUUGAGUGGGUACCUUCAUUAAAAGCUGCUUUACUGCUACGUGAGUGUAUCAUCUUCUACUUCCAUGCACGCAACAAUUGUAUAAAAUUCAUGCCACAGGUUUGGUAGUAGUAACUGAGGACUCCCUUCCCUUAGGGCCUACAGUGGUUCCCCCCCAGUACUAUGGUGUUCCUUGGGGCGUGUACCCUGCCAACCUCUUCCAGCAACAGGCUGCCGCGGCGGCUGCCAGUCACAAUGCUAACCAGCAGGCAUCCAAUCAGGGACCAGGGCCAGGACAGCAACAGGUAGGCAUUUCCCCAAUUAACAGCAGCUAACUGGAGAAUUAAUUUAAGUAUUGAGAAGAGAGUUAUAGACGAAGGAAUAUUGGAAGUGACCAUGAUUGAUCUUGUACAUGUUCCCUCUGUCUCAGAUGACUCAAGUCAUUUUAAGUGAGGUUGUGGUGUAACCCUUGAUCUUCUCUCUCUCCAGGUGAUGCGCCCUGGGAACAACCAGCGCCCCCUCACCCCUGGUCAGAGCCAGCAGAGCCAGCAGGAGUCCCUGGCAGCAGCCGCAGCCGCCAACCCUGCUCUCGCCUAUGCUGGUAUGCCAGGUCAGUGACCGAGUAGUGUUAGUUGAGGAGCACACAAGGGUUUUUAACACUACUGAGCCAAACCAAGCUGUACUGAUCAGGCCUGGUUAAGCAUUCACAUAAUUGCAGGAACAAAGGACAAUGUGAAAAGAGAAUAUCCGAGCCAAUAGAGUUUGGUUUGGGUCGGCGCGGUGUAACACCCUCAAUUGUUCUGGAUUUUACCCAAGGAGUGAGAGGUGAAGAGUAGCAUUUGAAUAUAGUAUACUUGCUCUCAGCAUUAUGUGCAUCUAUGCCAGCCUUCAAAGGCAUGUUGAGGUUCCCCUUUAGCCCCUUCAAACAGGCUUAACAGGUCGUGUAGUGUUUUAGGGGGGGUAAUUUGAUAUGAAAACUUGUCUCUCAUAUUCCCACUGUGGGAAUACCUUCGUGUACAUACUAUUUUAAACUGCCUUUCUCUUACUGUUGAUUAUGGUGCAGUAAGAUACCACAUCUUUAGCCCUCUUGUAGAGCACACGCAACUUCAUAGACCAGGCUGGUUUUCACAGUGUGUUUCCCCUCAGUUUGUCUGUCUCCUGCCCACCCAGGUUACCAGAUGCUGGCCCCCGCCGCCUACUAUGACCAGAACGGAACCCUGGUGAUGGCCCCCGGGGCCCGCGGUGGUCUGGGAGGGCCCGUCCGCCUGGUCCAAACCCCGCUCCUCAUCAACCCACAGGCCGCAGCUCAGGCUGGUAAGUACCACGGGUUGUUUGGCCCAGUGUUCUCCUCAUGUUUAUUGUGGGAAAUUGUGUUUUUGGAGGCGGCUUAGCAGCCAGUGGAAUGAGUGCCACGUUUACAGUGUGAACACAAUAUUACUGUACUUUGCUUGUGAAAAAUGAGCAAAGCUUUAUAAUCUAGACUCUCAAUCUUACAAUUACGAAUUGCUCAUACGGACAGGGCUGUCCAGCAGUGUUAAUACGCUCACCCCACCCCCUGUCCUCUCCAAACGGGGACCACUGAACCGUGUUGAGCUGCUUUUUCUUUCCAUCCCUUCUGUCUAUUUAGCGGCCGCGGCUUCGGCGUCCGGCUCGGGCAACAACAUGUCAGGCCCCCAGCCCAACGGCCUGUACCGCUCCAUGCCCCAACCCCAGCAGCAGCCCCAGCAGCAGCAGAACCAGGGCCUGCCCUCCAGCUCCUUCUACGGCUCCGGGUCGGUGCCGGCAAGCUCCCAGAGCAGCUCCUUGUUCUCCCCCACCUCCUCUCUGGGCUUCAGCGGCGCCGGCGGCUCCCUGGGCGUGGGCCUGGGCUCGGCACUCGGAGGCUUUGGCUCCUCAGGUUAGUGGAGAAGGAACUUUCAGGUUCAUUGUACAUAUGCAAAAAGCGUACAUAAAAUGUGAUGUCAUGCACCACUUAGACUUUUCUCUUGACAAUUAAUUGCGUUUUCCAAGAUUUGUGAUAUAUGUAAAUGUCUCUCUUUGCCCCUGCUUUAGAUUCCCUGCUGUCUUCUCUCUCUCUCCUCAUUAUAUUUCCCCGUGUUCAUCUCUCUCUCCCGUAGUGUCGAGCUCCACCAGCAGCAGUGUCUCUCGCCGGGACUCCCUGCUGGCCAGCUCUGACCUGUACAAGCGUGGCGGCGGCGGCGGCAGCAGCCUCACCCCCAUUGGCCAGCCCUUCUACAACAGCCUGGGCUACUCCUCGCCCAGUCCCAUUGGACUAACACCGGGCCACUCCCCCCUCACACCCCCACCCUCUCUGCCCUCCUCUCACGGCUCCUCCUCCAGCCUUCACCUGGGUAAGAUCAAGUUUUAAAUAUAUAUAUUGGAGAGCAUAUACAGUGGGGGGAAAAAAGUAUUUAGUCAGCCACCAAUUGUGCAAGUUCUCCCACUUAAAAAGAUGAGAGAGGCCUGUAAUCAACUAUGACAGACAAAUUGAGAAAAAAUAAUCCUGAAAAUCACAUUGUAGGAUUUGUAAUGAAUUUAUUUGCAAAUUAAUGGUGGAAAAUAAGUAUUUGGUCACCUACAAACAAGCAAGAUUUCUGGCUCUCACAGACCUGUAACUUCUUCUUUAAGAGGCUCCUCUGUCCUCCACUCGUUACCUGUAUUAAUGGCACUUGUUUGAACUUGUUAUCAGUAUAAAAGACACCUGUCCACAACUUCAAACAGUCACACUCCAAACUCCACUAUGGCCAAGACCAAAGAGCUGUCAAAGGACACCAGAAACAAAAUUGUAGACCUGCACCAGGCUGGGAAGACUGAAUCUGCAAUAGGUAAGCAGCUUGGUUUGAAGAAAUCAACUGUGGGAGCAAUUAUUAGGAAAUGGAAGACAUACAAGACCACUGAUAAUCUCCCUCGAUCUGGGACUCCACGCAAGAUCUCACCCCGUGGGGUCAAAAUGAUCACAAGAACGGUGAGCAAAAAUCCCAGAACCACACGGGGGGACCUAGUGAAUGACCUGCAGAGAGCUGGGACCAAAGUAACAAAGCCUACCAUCAGUAACACACUACGCCGCCAGGGACUCAAAUCCUGCAGUGCCAGACGUGUCCCCCUGCUUAAGCCAGUACAUGUCCAGGCCCGUCUGAAGUUUGCUAGAGUGCAUUUGGAUGAUCCAGAAGAGGAUUGGGAGAAUGUCAUAUGGUCAGAUGAAACCAAAAUAGAACUUUUUGGUAAAAACUCAACUCGUCGUGUUUGGAGGACAAAGAAUGCUGAGUUGCAUCCAAAGAACACCAUACCUACUGUGAAGCAUGGGGGUGGAAACAUCAUGCUUUGGGGCUGUUUUUCUGCAAAGGGACCAGGACGACUGAUCCGUGUAAAGGAAAGAAUGAAUGGGGCCAUGUAUCGUGAGACUUUGAGUGAAAACCUCCUUCCAUCAGCAAGGGCAUUGAAGAUGAAACGUGGCUGGGUCUUUCAGCAUGACAAUGAUCCCAAACACACCACCCGGGCAACGAAGGAGUGGCUUCGUAAGAAGCAUUUCAAGGUCCUGGAGUGGCCUAGCCAGUCUCCAGAUCUCAACCCCAUAGAAAAUCUUUGGAGGGAGUUGAAAGUCCGUGUUGCCAGCGACAGCCCCAAAACAACAUGCUCUAGAGGAGAUCUGCAUGGAGGAAUGGGCCAAAAUACCAGCAACAGUGUGUGAAAACCUUGUGAAGACUUACAGAAAACUUUUUGACCUGUGUCAUUGCCAACAAAGGGUAUAUAACAAAGUAUUGAGAAACUUGUUAUGACCAAAUACUUAUUUCCACCAUAAUUUGCAAAUAAUUCAUAAAAAAUCCUACAAUGUGAUUUUCUGGAGAAAAAAAAUGCUCAUUUUGUCUGUCAUAGUUGACGUGUACCUAUGAUGAAAAUUACAGGCCUCUCUCAUCUUUUUAAGUGGAAGAACUUGCACAAUUGGUGGCUGACUAAAUACUUUUUUCCCCCACUGUAUAUGAACAUAAGAUGGGCAGGCAGAUAUAUUUAGAAAUUAAUUGUGUAUCGCUGCAUGACGUUUUGUCGCCACCCUGCCAUUGUAAUUCACUCACUCUUCAAAAGAGGAAAUAGUGUUGCACAAAAUGGAGAUGUAUGUCUUUAUCCUGCGUCUGCGGCAAUUGUCAGUCAGUCUUGCUGGAAAUGUCUGUUUUCAUACAUACACGAGUAGAUUCAUGCAGAGCUGCGAGGACUCUUACUACAAUCUCCACCUAUAAAAUAUAUAUACAUACAUACAUACUAUCUGUCUACUUCACUUGACUCAACCACCACUGUCUAAGUGGAUGGCUAUACAUGCAUAGAAUUGGUGACCAGAGAGGUGAUUCCCAUUCAAGCUACAUACUGAGGAUCGAAAUUCUAUUUCUAUGGCUACACCCCCUCAUCCUUUGUUCCCUCCCGGUAUUCCCAACCUCCAGGCGGCCUGACGAACGGCAGUGGGCGCUACAUCUCGGCGGCGCCCGGCGCGGAGGCCAAGUACCGCAGUGCAGGGGGCACGUCCAGCCUGUUCAGCUCCAGCAGUCAGCUGUUCCCGCCGUCGCGUCCUCGCUAUAGCCGCUCAGACGUCAUGCCCAGUGGGCGCAGCCGCCUGCUGGAGGACUUCCGCAACAACCGCUUCCCCAACCUGCAGCUGCGUGACCUGCCCGGCCACAUGGUGGAGUUCUCCCAGGACCAGCACGGCUCCAGGUGGGUGACGGAUAGAGGCACGGAUGAAUGGACACACACGCACAGUGGUACACAAACACUCACACAUCCUCUGUUGCAUAUUAUGCCCCACUAUCAUGCUCUUGAAAAACAACACAUCACCAUAAUGCUCGGGUUGCUCUUAACUCCUCUUCUUCCCUCUCCUCCUCUUCCUCCUCCUCUGUCUCCAGGUUCAUCCAGCAGAAGCUGGAGAGGGCCACCCCGGCAGAGAGACAGAUGGUGUUUGGGGAGAUCCUGCAAGCAGCCUACCAGCUGAUGACCGACGUGUUUGGAAACUACGUCAUCCAGAAGUUCUUUGAGGUGGGAACCAUUGUCGGGUUAGAUUCGAUGGCACUCUGGAUACUUGUUAUCGUUGGAUCAUAACAUACCAACUGUUAGUGUGCCUUCAACCAGUACCUGUCUGAUAAUUCGAUUUUUACUAGCACUGAUAUUGCACAUCUAUAUAUAUUUUUUAAGGUUAAAUAUUAAUCGUGAUAUUAUCUUAACUACUUUAGUUGGUUGCACUUAUUGUACGGUUAUCUAAAUGACUAAAAUUGACAUUAUAUAAUGCAAAUGAACAAACUUUCAAGUCGCCAUAAUUUUGCAUCGUAAUUGAAAUGUUCUUUGUGUCUGUGCAGUUCGGCAGUGCAGAUCAGAAGCUGGCUCUGGCCACCCGCAUCCGCGGCCACGUGCUGCCAUUGGCCCUGCAGAUGUACGGCUGCCGGGUCAUCCAGAAGGCCCUGGAGUCUAUCUCCUCUGACCAGCAGGUAAUUGUAAGUGGGAUCUUCACUUCUCGUUAGAUCAUUUUAUUUGCUUCUAGGAUGCGUCCCAAAUGGCAGCCUAUUCCCAUCAUAGUGCACUACUUUUGACCAGGGCCCAUGAUGUAGCCCAUGACGAAGCCCUAGGGUUAUCAGUUGCUGCAUUCUGAUUAGUGUACUCUCCAGUAAGCAUGGUGGAUGGAUGAAUAGAACUGUGUAAUACGGUCCUGUGAUCUUUUCUGUUCACUUUGAACAGUCUUAAGCAUCUCUGAAUUGCCCUUUACAUUGAGGACUAUGGUAGAAAGUAGACUGUUAUCAAUGAGCCAUUGGAAGGAAGAGAAUGGAUGGAUGUACUGUAGAAAUAUCAUUAUUUAGUCAUUCUAUUUCUAUGGGAUGAACAAAGACUGGUAGAAACUGGAUAGAUGGACAUGAGCGGGAUGGAUAGAUGACUCCUCUCCCUCUCUAUCCCCUUCCUAAGAGUGACAUAGUACGAGAACUGGACGGCCACGUGCUGAAGUGUGUGAAGGAUCAGAACGGGAACCAUGUGGUGCAGAAGUGUAUCGAGUGUGUUCAGCCCCAGGCCCUGCAGUUCAUCAUCGACGCCUUCCAGGGCCAGGUGAGAGCCCAUUCAAUAGGGCACGCAAUGGAAAAUGUUUUGUAACAGAAAAUGAGUGUUUCUGAUUGAACAAGUUUAAGUUGUCCCUCCGUGUUUUAAUGCCUGAUGAGCUCGACCCAUAAAACAUAAACCCGUUAUGAUGCACCAAUAAAUCUCAUUAUCCUAGGGUGUGUUCGUAAAUUCAGAGCGUAGUCAGAUUGUCCGUUCGUAAAUUCAGAACGUUUCACUCUAGGAGCGUUCAGGGCGCACACUGGACACUGGCCAAGGAGUAGGGUUGAUCAGAGCGUUCUGACCUCACCACAGCAGUCAAGCACCCAAGCUAACUGGCUAACUUGCUAGCUACUCCCAGACACAAAUGAGAGAACGCCUCACUCUGACCAUUUUACUCACCCUAGCAGAGCUGGUUAGGCUGUUUUCAUGUUAUCUAGAGCGUUGGUGACUGUAACUGUGCUGCUGGCAACAAUUGUUUGCCAAUGUUUACUGACACCGGUCAUAUUAGACGGGUGUUGCGUGUUUGUAAAUUCAUCAGUUAUUCUGCGCGCUGGCACACUCGGACGAGAGUGCUCUGAAAUAGGAGUAGAGAGCCAGAGUGACUUUACGAACGCACCCCUAGUUAUGGGUGUAGCCAGGCUCGUGUUCAGCAGGGCACACCGCAGCAACACUUUUUACAACUGGAAACUAAAAUCUAUGUUCUUAUUGGACCAGCUCCAAUAGCAGUACCUGCCCGCUCCAGAAAAAUGUUCACUUAUUGAAAACGACCCAGACACACAGGCUAUUAGUAGAAAGGUUUCCCCCCAUUUUCUCCUUAGGAUUCAAUGUAUGGACUGGCUCAUUUGGCCCUUUACAAGUUUUUUUGUUUUGUUAAAUACAUUUUCACACGUCGGCAUUGAGCGCCAGCUAAUGACGACAUACUCUACGCUUUAAUAAAUGUUCUGCUUAAUUCCAUUUAUCUGAAGCGUUACUUUAUUUUUCACUUAUCUAGACCCGAGGGAGCCUGCCACCCAUUCUGUUGAGGUGUAUUGUGCUGUCUGUCUCUUCCCUGCAGGUGUUUGUGCUGUCCACCCACCCUUACGGCUGCAGGGUGAUUCAGAGGAUCCUGGAGCACUGCACCCAGGAGCAGACCCUGCCCAUCCUGGAGGAGCUGCACCAGCACUCUGAGCAGCUCGGCCAGGUAAGUGCGGCCAGGCAAGCCCCUGGUCUCAACUCAUAACUAGGCCCCAGUCGCCCAGACACAGACAAUGUAAUGCUUUGUGGUUGUUAGAUGUGAUUAGUUGUGUGUUGUAGUUUUUGUGGAGUUUUGUUUUAAUUGUUAGUGUGGUUAGUGUUGCUGUGUAGCCUGGGUUGUGUUCAUUAGGGCACGAAAGGGUGACGGAAAACAGAAAUGGCCGAUUCUCUUUGGACAAGUCCCGGCAGUCCCUCCCUGUUUCAAUCUGUUUUCUUCCCUUUGGUGCCUAACGAACACGACUGUGAGCCCUGUCAGUUAAUGUUAAUCCUACGGUUAAUGAUAGAUAAGGAUAAGUGUAUUAAUGCUGUCAAUGAUUUCUACCUCUGACCUAUGUUAAUUACCCCCCCCCCCCCACUUAUUCCAUCUAGAAAUAUCAAGGCGUUUCAUUGGAGAUGACACCCAAAACAUAUUAUACAGUGUCCAGCGACGCACUGUUUAAGGUCAGAGCAAUUCGCCUCCCUCCCACGCGGACGUGGUCCUCGUGUCACCUCCCUCCCUACUCUCGCUCUCUUGCUCUCUCUCUCUCUCUCUCGCUCUCUCUCUCUCUCAACAACCAGUGUGCUUUUACACAGUAAAGGCCUUUUACCAUCACUAAACUCUAUCCCUCUUUUGCAGGCCUCUUUCCUCCUCUAAACUCACAGAGCACGCCUCUCCCUCCCCUCCCCUCCUUUUUCUCCUUCCUUCGCUUAUAAACAAUCUCUCUGUUCUGUCACGUAGAGGAUUCACAGCACCCCACUUCUCGGCUCUCUCUGUUUGGAUAAUCCCUCUCUUAGGUCACGGGCGCCUCCUGAUUCUUCCUCUUUUUCCCUCCCUCCUUCACUCUUCUCUUCCUUACUUCUGUGAUUUUGUAAUCCUCAAUGCUUGGUAGGAAGACUCCCUAAGUCAAGAGCAUUUGUUUUGCCACAAUUUGGACUCUCCCCCCAACAUUGACAUGGGUUGUUCUAUAGGCUUCCAACUCGACUGUGGGUUCUUGGAACUUAGGGGUAAAGUCCAUCAGACCAUGUUGAGCAAUGAUGCAAAAUUAUGGGGAGGUUUGUAAAUCAAACAAUGUAAUUUGCAUUAAAUCAAAUGGGGGGGGGGGGGUCUGUAAUAAUAAGGCAUGAUACUCAUGGGUGAUUCCCCACGAAACCAGGACAAAACAGGUCAUUUAAAACAUAUAUAUGUUGACUUAUAUUUGACAUUUUUAUCUGAAAGCAUUAUUGAAAAAUAAUGAAUUGAAGUUGGAAUAUUUGUGACAUUUUGACCUUACCCAGCCAGGCCUUGCACCAUAAAAAAAAAAAAAAAAAAACUGUUUUAAUGAGGAAUCGCCAUCAUUUAAGAUGGUCAAAAUGUUGGCACUAUUGAUGUUAUUAUCUGGUCAGGUGAGUUUCAGUGUCUGUCUUCCUGCGCAGCUUUAGGUGUAUUGGGUUGUUUUCCCUCACAACCAUACCCAUAACUGUCUUAUCAGCUGGCCCUGAAGGGACAAAGAUGAUGCUGUUUGCUCAUAGACCUGUAUAGGCCUGAGUCCCACGCAAAUCACUAGCCUCUCUGGUCUUUUGACCUUAAUCUGCAGUGAUGACAUGGUGGUAUUUGGUGCUAUUGAUACGAUUCUGCGGGGGUGUCGUUGUAGAUUUCUGUCACAAGAAAAUCCGUCUCAACUGUCUGUCUGAAAAGUAUUGAAUCCAUAGUGGGGGUUAACUAAAUGCCAUUACAAGAUUAUGUAAUUUAUUGUUUUCCUUUGUGGCAAAUGGGAAACGUGAUCACACACACGCUCACUAUCUUCUGUUUCCAUCGCCCUCUGCAGGAUCAGUACGGCAACUACGUCAUCCAGCACGUCCUGGAGCACGGCAGACCCGAAGAUAAGAGCAAAAUUGUGGCAGAGGUCCGCGGAAAGGUGCUCCUCCUGAGCCAGCACAAAUUUGCAAGGUAAGGCAAAACCCUUUGGUUCUCCAUUACUAGUCAUAGGGCUGUUUUCAUUUUAGAUACCUUUCCAUAGCUGGUGGGAGUGAGAUCCAUUUAUUCCAUUCCAGCCAUUACAAUGAGGCCAGCCUCCAGUUUUAAAGUGACACAAGCCUCCACUGAGUGAGACUAAUCACAUUCUGAGGCUUCAUGGGGUGGUUUCCCAUGGUUUUCAAUGUAGAUUCUCCAGUGAGUUAGCUUUUUAGUUCAGGACUAGGCUGACAGUGUCCAGGACACCGGCCCAUGUAGUUUUAGUGUUUUUAACUAAGUCCACCUCUCGUCUCUCCUUCAGUAACGUGGUGGAGAAGUGUGUGAUCCACUCGUCCCGUGCCGAGCGGGCCCUGCUGAUUGACGAGGUGUGCUGCCAGAAGGAUGGCCCCCACAGCGCCCUGUACACCAUGAUGAAGGACCAGUACGCCAACUACGUGGUGCAGCGGAUGAUCGACAUGGCCGAACCCGCCCAGCGCAAGAUCAUCAUGCACAAGGUGGGUUGGCAUAUACCAUCGGCUCUGAGGUGAAGUCAUUAGUGCAAAUAGUUUCACAACGGGAAACAUUUUGCUACGGAAACGAGCAUUUCUCAAUGGACAAGUUCAGGUUAGUCCCUUUCCUGUUUCUCCCUGUUUGCUUGCCUUUGGUUCCUAGUGAGCACAUCCCACAUCUCCUAUUGCCUGUUCAUUUAGAUCAGAUUAAUUUAAGCCAGGUUCAUUUAUUGCCAUAAAACCAAAGGUUGGUGGUGUUUUCGGUACAGCAUGGUUAGGAUACUCUGAUUAAGUGAUUCCUAGUUGUUAUCCUAAUUCUAAUUGUUAGCCAUAGGAGUCUCUCCUUGCCAAGUGCUGUGUGAAGUCCUGUAUUUUUAUGUGGAAUGUUGACCAGACGGACAUUUGCUGUCCCAUCAUUUUUUAUGUCUUAGUAUCCUUCAAGGGCAGACUUUUUAAGUGGAAGGCAGACGGCAUUGUUUUUAAAAAUGUAAAACAAGAACGACGUUUAAACCUGAUUGGUCCAGUCCCACCAUAAAUGGUGUAAUUAAUUAAUCUUUGCUCUCUGCUCCCCCAGAUCCGGCCCCACAUCGCCACCCUGCGCAAGUACACCUACGGCAAGCACAUCCUGGCCAAGCUAGAGAAAUACUACAUGAAGAGUAGCUCUGACCUGGGGCCCAUCGGAGGGCCCGCCAACGGCCUCAUGUAG